UAGUAGCGAGUUCAGCCGAGUUCAGCCGACUGCAAACGAAGUGUCCGUCAAAUGUAAAAGCUAAACAUAACGCCAGCGUUUUAGCUUUAUAGUUUUCUGUUGUAUUUUUUUAUUUGCAUCUGCAUUUCAACUUAAGUGCUUUACACGACUGGUCUGAUCCCAAAAAUGGACAGUGAAAUGUCUGACAUCGAUCAUUUUCCCGGGCCUGAGAGCAGUAUGGAGGGAGAGAAUGCACCAGUGUACUGUAUCUGCAGAAAACCGGACAUCAGCUGCUUCAUGAUUGGCUGCGAUAACUGCAAUGAGUGGUUUCAUGGCCACUGCAUUAACAUCACAGAGAAGUCAGCAAAGGCAAUCCGAGAAUGGUACUGCAUGAGAUGCAGAGAUAAAAACUCCUCACUGGAAAUAAAGUAUAGAUCAAAGAAAAACCGGGACAAGGAAGCCGAGCCUGACAGAACUGAUAGAAUUGAAAGAUCUGAAAGGUCUGAAAGAUCUGAAAGAUCGUACAGCACCCCGAGUACUCCGGACUAUAAGAGUGAAAGGCGCCGUGGAUCUAAAGUGAAGCGUUCAGUCCGCAUGUGUGGGGAAUGUGAGCCCUGCAGAAGGACUGAGGACUGUGCGCAGUGUGACUUCUGCAAAGACAUGAAGAAGUUUGGAGGCCCAAACAAAAUCCGACAGAAGUGCAGGUUUAGGCAAUGUGAGGUUCGAGCCAGGAAAAUGCUGCGUGUGAAGGAUGAGGAGCUCUCUAUGCAAGAAAGAAGAGACAACCACAGACGCUAUUCAGAGGACUACGACAGUGAGGCAGAUCUCUACCAACAGUACAGGGCAGCAGGACAUAAGAACAACAUGGCAUGGGGUAGUGAUGAAGAUGAUGAGCCCCCCUUUAGUCCUGUCAUGCGCAAGAAAGCUAUAAAAGUGAAGCACGUCAAGAGACGGGAAAAGAAGUUUGACAAAAAAAAGGAGUCACGACGCCACAAACAGAAGCAGAAGCAUAAAGACAAAACCAGAAGCAAUGAGAAGAGCGAACUGCGGGAUAACACAGGGCAGCGUCAGUGUCUGGGGCCAAGCUGUGUGGAAGCAGCAAGACCAAACUCCAAAUACUGCUCUGAGGACUGUGGCAUGAAGUUAGCUGCCAACCGGAUCUAUGAGAUCCUCCCUCAGCGUAUCCAGCAGUGGCAGCAGAGUCCCUGCAUCGCUGAGGAGCAUGGCAAGAAGCAACUGGAGCGCAUCCGAAAGGAACAGCAGAACGCCCGACUGCGCCUCACCGACAUGGAGCGCCGCUUUCAUGAACUUGAAGGCAUCAUUGCCAAGGCCAAGCAGCAGGCGGUUCAGCAGGAUGAGGAGGUGAAUGAAGGUGAUAGCGAGGACACCGACCUGCAGAUUUUCUGCGUGUCUUGUAGCCAUCCCAUCAACCCAAAAGUGGCCCUGAGACAUAUGGAAAGGUGUUAUGCAAAGUACGAGAGUCAGACGUCCUUUGGUUCCAUGUACCCUACAAGAAUAGAAGGGGCAACCAGACUCUUCUGCGAUGUCUACAAUCCCCAAAGCAAAACAUAUUGUAAGAGGCUUCAGGUUUUGUGUCCAGAACACUCCAGAGAUCCUAAGGUCUCAGUGGACGAGGUGUGCGGAUGUCCUCUGGUGAAGAAUGUGUUUGAGCUGACCGGAGAUUACUGCAGGGUCCCCAAAAGGAAAUGCAACAAACAUUACAACUGGGAAAAGCUUAGGAGAGCAGAAGUGGACUUGGAGCGAGUCAGAGUUUGGUACAAGCUGGACGAGCUCUUUGAACAGGAGCGUAAUGUCAGGACUGCAAUGACCAACAGAGCAGGUCUGCUCGCUCUGAUGCUGCAUCAAACUAUUCAGCACGACCCCUUGACGACCGAUCUCCGUAGUAACAAGGACAGGUAGCAGAACUUGAUCUGUGGAUCCGUGUAUAUAUCAUGCCUUUAAACUUGUACAACAGUAACUACCACUUGGAUGAAACUGAUUUUAUAACUAGAUAACUAUUUUAAAAUAUUUGUAUGAGUAUAAAAUUUAAGAUGUUAUGUAUAUAUAUUUCCCUGACAAGUAGAUGAACUGCUAAUUAAAUCAGCUGUUUUUGGUAUGAUUGCCCUGAAUAAAAUACUGAAACAUUCUCCA